GGCUCGAGCGGACACGCAGCGGGAGCCGUUCCCCGACGGGCAGCUGCGCGCUUGCCGCCGCCUUUGGACCGAGCGCGGCGGCGCUACUGCCCCGAAGUCCUCCCGGAUCUUGAGGUGGUAGGGGGCUGAGAAGACUAACUGCGCGGAGGGGCUGAACUCGGGCCCCGGGGUGUGAGGCGGCGGAUGCGCUCGGACUUGAGGUCGGACUCCGGGAAAAUUGAGAGGAAGAGUAGCACAGGGGUGCGACGGCACAGAUCGGUCAGGCUCCUGCAGGGGCGCACGAACGUCAAGGUCUUUGUGAUAAUGGAAACCAAAAAAUUGAUUGGUAAACCGCUUCAACCAGCAAGACCUGUUCGUCAUCUGACUUCUAACCCUGUGGGAGUAGUAUUCCCUUUCAACUUUCAAAAUGAAUAUCCAUGCAACACCCAAUGCUUACAAAGUGGAGUUAGCAAAAUACUUCCAGAAAUAGAUGAUGCAUGCACAAAUUGUAAGACAAAUGGAAUGCAAACCUUUUCUCAAGGUCCUAAUGAACAACAGCAACAUCAAUCUCUAGUUAAAAAAGAGAGAAUUAAAUACAGCAGAGAUUUCCUGUUGAAGCUCUCAAGUGUUUCCGUCUGCAGAAAAAGACCAGACUUUCUGCCUGAUCAUCCAGUUGUACUUCAAAAACCAGAAAAUGACCAAAGUUUUAAGUAGCAUUUUAAGAACAGAUGAAGAUGAAGAUGAAGAAUUAUCCAUUUUAUAUUUUGGAUACCUGCAAAUAAAGUGGAUCUAGUAAUUAUAACUGUAAUG